AUGCCAACUUUUGCUAAUCGUAAUAAUCAUUCUGCGUCUGCUCCUAUGUCAGAAUCUGAUAAUGAUGAUGACAAUGAACAGAAUUCAUCUUUUAAUCAACAUAAUGAGAGUAUGAUGCAUAAAGUUAAAGAUGUCGUUUCGAAACUUCUUCAUCCUUCUUUCUUAUUUUCGGUCAGUAGUGAUACAAAUCGUCCUAAACGAAAACGAGAAACAUCUUUUGAAGACAAUGAUGAUGAGCAACAACCAGAAAGCACUACCACAACAACAAAAACAAAUACUACUAAUGGUCAUUCGACGAGUUCUAAAUCAAAAUAUCAUCGUCAACCGAUAACAAAUGAUGAACCACAACUAACUGAUGAUGAAGAUAACACUAAUCGAGAUGUAUCACCUACUGAACAAGAUCUAAUAGAAAUCGAACAACAGAAGAAGCGACGUCGUACAGCUAAUUAUCAACAUAUUAUUUCGACGACAACGACGAAUGGUAAUCAUGAAGAUGAAAAAACAUCUUUACCAUUAUCUUUGACGAACAGUGUUGAAUCGUCAUCCAAUCGUCGAAUAAUAGAUAAUGGAUUAAAUACAGCUAAUACGACACCUGUUCUUCUUCAAACUUCUAUUGAACAAAAACGUAAUGAAGGAAUAAAUCGAUUCACAUCAACUAAACAACGUUUUAAUAUUCCUUCAACUAAUCGAGGAUUAACAUCAAAUUAUGAUCCAUCUCAAUCACCUCUUUUUUCUGUUGGUAUUCGAAAAACAAAUGACACAACCAUGUCACCAAAUCAAACAACAACAAAUCUCAAGUCAAAUACAAAUGAAUUUUCCGCUAAUUAUUUAUUAGCAACAGGUUUAGUUAAUCGAUCUCAACCAAUAAUACAAAAUACUCAACAAUCUUUAUCUAACUCAACAAAUCGAUUAUUAUCAAAUGAACGACAAAUGUUCGGUGUUAAUUAUGCAUCAAUUAAUUCACGUCGUUUACCUUAUAUUGAAAGACUUCGACGGCGGACAUUACAAGAUUGUAUACGUCUUAACCGAACACUUGAUAAUGAACCAUUAUCUAUAUCGACGAUUGAAGAACAUACAUCAAGGACUACUUCACCAAUACGAAAACCAACAAAAGCACCUGAAAAGGAAUGCGGUAUUCAAUGUAAUAUUUCAACUACAAAUGAUUUAACAGAACCAAGUAAAAAAAUUCAACGUACAUUUCCACCACCAGAUAUUCGAAAGGAAGCAUUAUCAGUACCAACUAUUGAAAAAGUACAAUCAACAUAUCAAACAGAUUCAUCUAUUCAAACAAAUAGUUCAAUUACUAUUGAAUCCAUUCAACCAAUCAAUGAUAUUACAAAACCAAAAGUACUUGGUAAUAUAACACCAUUUUCAUGGCCGAAAUUUGCUCGAGCACAAGAAGAUUAUGCCAAAAAAUAUCCUGAAAAAUGUCAUACUGAUGCUAUACCUACUCAACCAUCAAAAUCAACGGUUUCUUCUGUUAUUGAAAAAUCAAAUGUUAAUACUACUAUUCCUUCAAUAGUUCCACAAACAACUGUUAGUAGUACAAUUCCAAAAGUGCCGAUAUUUAGUAUAUCACCACCACGUCCAACUAAACCAGUUACUGGACCAGUAUGGAAAUGUCCUUCAUGUACAAUGGAACAUCCAGCUCAAACAGCAUCAUGUUCACUUUGUCAUAGAAUUAAUCCAAAUUAUAAACGAUUAAGUGUUAUUGAAUCUACACCAACACCAUCAUCAAAUAAAUUACCUGAGAUUAUUAUUGAAGAACCUACUGUGCCAAAACCAGUUAAACCUACUCAAACAGCUAUUCAAGUCGAACCAAUACCAAUUGUAACACCAUUAUCAUUACCAGCAACAACAACUAAAGAAAGUACACUUCUAAUUCCACCAGUUGUAACAACAACUGCUCCAUUUUCAACUGCCAGUACUUUUCCAUUAUUGGGUGCAACAUCAACACCAACAGCAGCACCAGCUACUACUAAAGAAAAUAUUGUUACGAAUCCACCUGCCACUACUAGUGCUCUAUUAUCUUCAACAACACCAACACCAUCAACAACAACAACAUCAUUAUUUGGUACAACAGCUGCACCAUUAUUUGGUACAACAGCUACUCCUUUAUUUGGUACAACAACAGCUAGUUUAGAUAAACCAGCAACAACUACUUCAAAUAAUCUUUUUCAAAUUGGUAUUAAUACUACUUCAACAUUUCCACCAUCAUUUGGUUCAUUAACAUCAACAAAUACCACUACAACAACGAAUAUUUCAACUGUACCUUCAGUUAUAACAACAACACCAUCAUCACCAACAAAAGUUACACCAUCAAUCACAUUUGGAACAUUUGGUAAUACUUCAACAGCAACCACAGCUGCAACUACUUUAUCUACUUCAACAGUUUCAUCCGAUAAACCACCUUUAUUUUCAUUUGGAACAAUUAAUCCAACACCAUCAUUAACAUUACCAUCAGCAUCGUCGUCAUCAAUAACAGCGCUAACUACAACUUCUUCAAUAACUCCAAGUUUAUUUGCUUUUUCACCAAAUACAACAGCACCAACAGCAACUACUACUUCUGUAACAUUACCCAUUCCUACCGCAGCACUAGCAACAACAACAGCAACAAGUGGACUUGUAUUUCCAAGUAGUUUUUCUUCUGCAUCAACACCUUUUAAUGCUACAACAACAACAACAACAACAGGAACAACAUCAACUGCACCUUUAUUUGGUAGUAGUUUAUCAUCUGCAUCAGGUUUCAGCUUUCCAUCAACGGGAACCACAACAACAACAACAUCAAGUAGUACAACAUUUGCAUUCGGUGCUAGUAGUCCACCAAAACCAUUUGCACCUUCAGUUAUAUCAACAAGUGGUACAACUCCUACACCAGCAUUUGGUGCAACAGCUUCAUUUGGUGCUCCUUUAACAACAACCGAUAAGCCAUCAACAUCAAUACCAACAUUUUCAGGUUUCGGUUCAACAUCAACUGCACCAUCAUUGUUUACAUUUGGAGGUACAUCGAAUACAACUACAAAUCCUAUUCAAACAUCAAAUCCACCAGCUGGAACAACAAGUGGCUUUUCAUUUGCACCUUCAUCAACAGCAGGAGCAGCAGCACCAACAUUUGGUUCUAGUGCAUCAACAUUUGGAUUCGGAGCAGCACCGUCAUUUAGUUUUGGUGCAGGAUCAACAGCUCCUACAAGUAAUGCUCCAUUUCAAUUUAGUGCAACACCAUCAACAACCGUCAAUACUUCAUUUACAAAUAGUUUUCCUGUAGUUCCUCCGACACCUGAAAAUAAUCCUUUCAGUGUCAGUGAAGAUUCUACAAGUAAACGGCAUGUUAUCAAAGCUAAACGUCGUGCUAAACCAUAA